GCUGCGAAAACACGCCCGAGGGCUUGAGCGGGAGGUGACCGAACAAGCCUGGUAAGGUGCAGCUAAGCUUAACGUUAGGAUGUCAACGGGUGAAUUCAUUAGAGAGAUCAGUGUGUCGGAGACAGAGAAAGCGAACUUCCCAGCUGCUUUCCUUCCGCAGAAGGAUUUUCGUAGGAAAGCCUUUCAGAGAAAAAGAAGACUGUGGGACAUAAGGGAUGUGGAACGGAGGCUUAAAGGCGGACACCAGCGUGAUCUGAACCAUAAAAAUAAGCCUGGAAGCAAAUCCCUUGCAGAGCUGUCACACAGCACUGAAAGGCCCACAGAUACAGAACUGCUAAGUGGAACUGUACGAAUCAAGGAGGACAACCCAACUUUUCGCCCAGAUAAAACUCAACCUUCUCAACCAACGUGUGGCUCUAUCCUUGAAUUAGGCCACACCUUAAUAGAACAAGACCAGGCAGCGCUAGGUGGAACGUUCAGAGAGGAGACUCAACAGCAACAAGAUACAUUUAGUAACACAGAGGGAAAUAAAGAAGAGACUCCUCAAAAAAGUUUUGGCAGUGAACUUGCACUCUUCACAGCUAAGGAGGAACUGACAACAUUACAUUUGGAGAAUGAGAGGGCGACGUCAUGUCAAUCACAGAAUGCCUUUGGAUCCCAUACCUCUCCUCUGGAUUUAAGAGAAGACAAACACACUGUCAUUUUAAAGAGACAAGGUGAAACAGGAGACCGUUAUGCACAAUAUAUGAAGAAAGUGAUACAAAUUAGGGUCACAGAGUUUACCGUUCCGGGCAAUGUGACAAAAACAGGACAACUUAAUCCACACGAACUGAAAAGUGAUUCCAGUGCAAAGUCCAACUGUGACUGUCAACCAAUUUUAUGCAAGUUCUUGGACCAGACUGAGGACAUCAUCUUUCCCUUUUCACAGAGUUUUGAUUCUGCUGUGACCCAUUCGCAGCACGGCCAGGCUCCAGACAUGCUGACGUCUUCUGUAGUGACCGGAUUUGCCCCUAAUUGGAGCGCCCGGUCCAGGAAACAGAAACAGGGUGCUGCAGAUGUAAGCCUAAACGCUACAGAACAGGAAAUGCAGAGGAGAAGACAGGAAGUCCAUGUGCCUUCAUCUCUCUUUGGCAGGGAGGUUGUGUUUCCAGAGGUGAGCAAUAAAGAGAAUGCCCUGUCCAUGACCAGCAGUACUUCUACUGAUUCACCGAGCAAUCUGUUCAACUUGAGGAACAACAGGCCUGUAAAGCGCCGCAUCUCAAGGGCCUUUUCAGCAGGGAUGGGUGGAGGAAAGGCCGAUGCUAAAACAGAGGUUGUCCACCCACUAACUUCACCAGCGGAUACAGUGUUGAGACCUGUGUCUCCCCAUUCUCUGGACCUCCACUGGUCAAGGAGUGUUAGUCAACCAGGCCAGUUUUCCAGCAUGAACUCCCCUCCUACCACUACUGGCAGUCUACUACUUUCCUUCAGGAAGAUGAACUUGAGUUCCAAAAGUACAGGUACACCCUCAGAAACACACCCCAUAACUUCAAACAGCUCCCUUAACCGCCAAAAUAAAAAUGUGUCAAGGAUGUCCGAACCAAUGUCUUAUGUGACAUUACAGAGGAACAGGGCAAAGUCACACCUCAGUCCCCCUCAGCCCCUCUCUAGUCCGAUAAACAAACCAAAGGGGACAUCAGAGUUCUUUUCCUUGUCAACCUCCUCUGAGAGUUUGAGGCCACGUCUGUUUCUUUAUCCUAACAAUAAUAUUGAAAUACCUAGCUCAUCUAACACAACUUCCAAUUCAGACCGAGAGCAGACAACUACCUCCCCACAAUACAACAAACUGGAUGGUUUGAAAAACACUCCACUUAGUCCCACCCCUGGAUCCAUGCUUAGACGGCAACACACGUUACAAGGAGAUAGUCUGCUACAAAGUACACCCUCACACACUUCUAAUUUGAGGCGUACAAAUACUUUAAGUAAUGUGUCAAACCUUCUAAACAACAACAGAGUAGGAACCAUGUUGACUAACGACAGUGAGGGAAGAACAGCACCAACGUACUCCUCGAGUAUUUACAGUGGAAUCCCUAGGGUAUAUGACAGCCUUGCAUCAAGAAACCUGAACGCACUAACUAGCUCUACAGAUGCAAGUUCACGAAAUGUAACCAAUUUCGACAGAUAUACCAGAUCAAAUAAUAAUGGAAUACAACGAGCCCAGACGGUUCACAUACCUACUAUGUCCAGACGGUCAAAGACGGCAUCCGUAUCUGAAAGUCCCCAAAUCGACACCCCAGUAUCCCCGAGGGAAAAAUAUUCUUUAUGUCUGUCAACCAACCUUACUUCACCUUUGCCAUUAAGAAAUUCCACAAAUACAGCUCCACUGGUGCAACAGAGCUUGCUAAACGCCCCAAAGCCCCUGUCUAUCAGAGAGACAAACAUCACAGACACCCCACACUAUAUAUCCGCUGCUGAUAAAAAUCGCUCCCCAGUUGAGAGGGCUGCCAUAUCCCCUUUGUGGCAAAAGAAUGUGGAAAAUCUGGCCCCAGCUGGGAAGCAGUCCCAGUUGUCCCAGAGUCCAUCUAAGUCACCAGAUCCUCUGUCUCCAGCCAGAUCCAAACGUAAUAUCUGUGCUCCAACCACAUUCUCAUCUCUCAGGCCUAACAGCCCUGCUUCACCAACCUCCCCAACGCCACCUCCCUCACUGUUCCAGUCACAAAGAAGAGAGACUCCUCCCUCUCCACCAUCACAAGAGACCAUACAGCUGAAGCAGUCUGAAUCAAGCCCUGCACAUGCUCCAACCACUUUCUCAUCCCUCAAAUUUAGCAGCCCAGCUUUGGACACCUCACCUACACCCCCUUCUUCACUGCCCCAGUUGCAAAGAAGAGAGACUCCUGUGUCUCCACCAUUACAAGAGAAAAUCCUACCGCUGAAGCAGUUUGAAUCAAGCCCAGUCCACACUCCAACCACAUUCUCAUCCUUCAGGCUUAGCAGCCCAGCUUUAGACACCUCACCUACACCCCCUUCUUCACUGCUUCAGUCGCAAAGAAGAGAGACUCUUGUCUCUUCACCACCACAAGACAAGAACAUACAGCUGAGGAAGGGCUCUGAAUCCAGCUUAGCACAUACCUCCUGUCCCGUCUCAAAAUUUAGUUUUGAUCUUAGUACACAUGACAGGCAGAGGUCCAUCUCAAAGACAGAUUCCACUGGGACCUCUGUACCUGGUUCUUCUUCUAUCUCUGAAAAGAAUGACAGGUCCCCUAUGAGUCUCUCGCCUUAUAUCAGCCUCCGCUCUGCAAGGCAGACACCUGGUAGUGUCUCCUCUCCAUCGAAUCCCAAAAGCCUGAGGUCUGCCUCGUUUGAUAGCACAGUAAACCCCUCAGAAACUGUGUCCACCUUACGCUCACCAUACUUGUUGGUGAAAUUAUCUGAGGAACAGCUGAACACUGUUGGCAAGCAGCCAUCGCAAGUACCAGCACCAGCACCACUCAGAAAAUCUAUGUCGGUAGACACUCUGGGACUUGUUCAACAAUGCACCAACCAGCCUGUUUCAACUACUUCAAAGUACAUUUCAGAUGCCAAAGACAGUAAGUGCACAUCUCCUAGAAUAACUUUAAGCCCCUCGGAAUCAACAGCUUCUGUUUCUAUUUUUGAAACACAGACUCAUAAACAACAUGACAAGAUGCCGGUUUUCAGAAGUGACAAUGUUAGCAAAGCAUUUCCUACACAAACUGAGAAAAAGGGUUAUCAACUUAACCAAUCAGAUAGCAGCGGUCAGAAAGUGGAUAAACACAAGAGCAAGGAUGUAUCAGAUUCACAAAGCCAAAAGUGGAGUUUGUUUUCAAAGAACCAGAAAGACCGCAGCUCUUGCCGGAAGGAAGACAAACCACUGACACAGUCUUUAGAGAAAACCAAGAAAAAUUCUUUUGGCAACAGAAUGGACCAAAUGUUAGAUCGAUUGAUGUCAUUUACUGUCAAAUAUCGAGAUGGGGAUGCAAGUUUGAAGACAGAGGACACAUCUUUGCAUCAGAGCGCUUCCAGUAGUGGGCCGAGUAUACCAGGGAGCCAAGGCAGAUUAGAGUCAUGUGAUCAGGCAAAAGAUAGAGACAGUCACUUCCACUCUGCCUCUGCUACCAGUCCUGGUCUAUUCAUACAUGACCAGAUAGCAACCAAACCACCAAAGCCACCAAAAAGUAAGGAAUCUGAGAUGUCAUUUCUCAAAGUACCUCAACCAAAAGGUCACGUUAAAACAAAACAAGAGCAAAAACUAAACAACAGGCAUGUCAACCAGUAUUCCACCCUUCCGGCCAACUGGAGAACUUCCAAAAUGUCCUCCAACUCCAGCAGUCCCAUAGACUUUUAUUCAGAGGAUGUAAAAACUGACAGGAAUUUCUCUAGCACAAGUAAACCGAGGAGAAAAACGACAUCUUUGUGUGAACCACAGCAUGACCAUAGCAUUAGCAGUGCUUGGGAUGAAGAGGGACUGUUGCCUAGCAAAGAGCUAUACUCUUGCUCAGACAUUAAGUAUGGUUUGAACCACAAACGGUCCAUCUCUGUUAGUAGUGUACAGUCCAGUCGACCCUCAGGUACUGGGCGUAUCUCAAGGUCAAGCUCAAGGGCCAGCAGCAUCGGUGACCUCACAUCUGCUGCUGACCUCAUGACCCUGGAUGACCUUAUGACUCAGGAGGCCACAUUGAACCCAGAUCAUAGUGGCACACCUAUAGCCCUUCAGAUACCGAAAAACGAAUCACCUAACCGAGUCUGGAGCCCAGCUAGCCUGGAGAGAACUUCAUUUUUGUGGGAAAGUGAGCCAACUCCUCCGCCAUCUCCCACGUGUUCACCCACUACCAGGCGUCUGUCCCGAGCUCCAAGCUCCUCCUCUCAGGGCAGUCGUUCUUCUCCUGACAGCGUGUCGCCCAGAGGGCUCCUACCAUCCAAGAACUACACCUGCAAUUUGUCAGUGUUUGAAGAGUCAGAUUCUGACUCCACUACGACUGACGAUGAGUAUUAUCUGAACGAUGACAAUGGGGAAGAGACAGAGCUCUAGAAUUCUAGGUUUGAUCUUGGAAUUAUUUCCCUGAAUGUAUUGUACCCAUUCUAUUUCCACUGAAUGUUUGAUGGGCUAUUUAUUUGAUGAGCUAUUUUAUAGAGUUAAAUUGAUUUUGUAUGUUGAGAUAAAAGUAAUAAAAUAUAUGAACUGUAGUGGCAAUAUUUCCUUUCUUGGACCCGUUUUCAAACUAACCCCCUAAAACCAUAUAGCCACAUGUCUCAAAACUUGUAUGAAUUAGUCUACAAUUUCCCAUGGGGCAUCAAGUUGUAUUUUUUUUUUUUACUUUUGUUUAUAUUAAUACAAUUUUAAUGAAAUGUCAACUGUUUCCUCUCUUGACUGUAAUAACCAUAAUGCAACCUGCUAAUACAACCUGUUCCUAUUA